CAUUUCUUGGGUUUGCUAUUGUAUAAAAGACCAGGGUAAAGGGGUGGUAGGUAUCAGUUCAUUUCAACGACUUGAACAAGUUUUCAACAUGAAUUCUUUGGUAAUUCUUACUUUCGUUGCCUUGGCAGCCACCGCUUCUGCCUCUCACGUCGGUUUGGGCUGGGGAGGAUUAGGAUUAGGAGGACUAGGAUGGGGCCAUGCCGGCAUCGUCAACCCCCAUGCCCUUAGUCCAAUUGGACCCUCUGGAAUCGUCACCGGAGCCGGAGCAGCCGGUCCCUCUGGAGUAGUAACCGGAGCUGGAGCCGUUGGACCCUCAGGAGUCGUAAACGGACAUGGAGCCGUAGGACCAACUGGACCCAACGGUGUUGGUGUUUGGGGUUUGGGUUUGGGACAUGCCGGUUUAGGUCUUGGUGGAUUAGGACAUGGAUGGGGUGCUGCACAUGGAUGGUAAACGAAAAUAAUUAGGUCAAAGAAGUUGUUUUGUUGUGUUUUGUAUAAAUAGAACUGAAAAAUAUAAAAAUUUAAAUAAACGUUGUACAUACAUUAAACUUUUGUCUUUCACUACUUAUACCUUGUG